GGAGAGAGAGAGAGAGAGAGAGAUAGAGAGAGAGAGAGAGAGAUAGAGAGAGAGAGAGAGAGAGAGAGGAAAAAAGUGAGAGAUCCGACCGGUUUAGCGUGUGACUGGCCGAGUUGUGAGAGAGGGACUCCAGCUGAACGGGCUGCGGAGAGCAGCUUUCCUUUUUUUCUGCUCCUUUGGAGGAAUGUGGCAUUCCUGAUCCAGAGAGGGAAGCAAAGUCGGUCCUGCUUCGUUUUUGUGCGACUCCGAGACAAAAACAAAGCAAAAACGAAACUUCCUGAGCAGGAAAAAACAAAACGAUCGCUUCCACCACGUCCGAAAAAGGGAUGACCAUGGCCUCUGGAGGUUUCAGAGCCAACGCAGCCACGGACUUCUUGGAGGAGUGGAAGGCCAAGAGGGAGAAGAUGAGGGCCAAGAUGCUGGGGGAUAUCGCCGCGGCAACCGGCCAGUGCCCUCCUCCUGGCACCAAAGCACCUGAACCGAGUAACAACGGCAACUCUGCGGCUGUGAAUUGCGUUUCUUAUCCAGUGGCUCGGUCUUCUUCUUCUUCUGCUUUAAGAAGGCCUGAAGAUGACCCCGGCUCAAGGCCAGCCGAUACGCCUGUGAAAAAAGCUCCUGACACCGGCCCUACUGCUGCCACUGCCUGCCAGGACAGCGAUAAGGAAAGCCCCCCACACGGAAAAGGCAAGGAGAAGAAAAGCACCGGACCUAGUGCCAGAAAGGGCAAAGGUCAAAUAGAGAAGAGGAAGCUGCGGGAAAAGCGGAGGUCAACUGGAGUUGUUAGCAUACCAUCAAACGAGAGUUUGGAUGAGCUGGAUGAUGAUGAUGGAGGAGAGAAGGAGAGGAAGAGCGAGGAAGCCCUAACACAGCACAACACGGUCCAGAAUGAAUCCAUGACCUCUGAUCCCGCAGGUCACUCAAUACAGGACACUCCAAGAUCUGGCACCAGCCGCCAUAAGAGUGAGGAUGAUGCGGGAAACAGGCAUCGUCAGGGUUACAGUCGCCAUGGCAGAGAGAGCACAUCACCUACUAGACUGGAGAGGAGGAUUGAGGAACUGGAGAAGGAGCUGGCUCUGGAGAGACAGGAGAACAGCCGGCUGUUGAAAUCUCACCAGGACAAGGACGAACUGAUCGUUAAACUGAAGGAGGAAAUCGAUCUGUUAAACCGGGAUCUGGAUGAUAUUGAAGAUGAAAAUGAGCAGCUGAAGCAGGAGAAUAAAACCUUGCUGAAAGUCGUGGGCCAGCUGACGAGGUAGAACAGGAAUGGGAAGUGACAUCUACCCUCCAAAAUCCCACGAAGAACAUGGGCUUCUUUCUGCUUCGGCCUGUUCCGUCUGUCCGUCUUUCUGUCCAUGAUGAUGAUGUUGCUUUUUUGGAAGAGGAACGCUGUGUGUUGGUGUGG